UGAAAUUGAAGAGUGAAGAGGAGAAAACAGAAAGAGAUUCAUCCAAAGUUCUCUACUCAGUCAGUUGUUAGUCUUCUUUUACGUUUCUAGAGAGAGAGAGGAAAAUUGAGGGUUUUGAUCUCGAUUUUUAAUUUCUCUGUAUCAACAAAUUAUGAAAAUUUGUUUUGGGGCACAGUGAUGAGUGUUUGAUUCUCCAAAGAAAAUAAAUUAAAUUUUAUUGGUAAAAAGAGUGGUUGAGAGAUGUACAUAGGAGGCGGCGGAGCUCCAAAGCGGAAUUCUUUCAAGGAUUCUCUCAAGGUUCUCGAAGCAGAUAUUCAGCACGCAAAUACCCUGGCAUCGGAUUUUCCAAGGGAGUAUGAUGGUGCAUGCCUACAGAUGAGAAUCUCAUACAGUCCAGCAGCACAUUUUUUCCUUUUUCUUGUACAAUGGACUGACUGCCACCUUGCAGGAGCUCUUGGACUGUUGCGAGUCCUAAUAUACAAGGUUUAUGUUGAUGGCACCACAACUAUGUCCAUGCAUGAGAGAAAAGCAAGCAUUAGAGAAUUUUAUGCUGUUAUUUAUCCCUCUUUAAUGCAACUUCAAAAAGGGGUCACGGAUUCAGAAGAUAAAAAACAGAAAGCUGUAUGCUUGGAGAGAUACAGAAGAAGAGAUGAAGAAGAAUACAGGCAAUGCACGGAAUUAGAUAUUGAAAGGGAAGAAGAAUGUGGGAUUUGCAUGGAGACAAACAGUAAGAUUGUCCUGCCAAACUGUAACCAUGCCAUGUGCCUGAAAUGCUAUCGAGAAUGGCGUACGAGAUCAAAAUCGUGUCCGUUUUGCCGGGAUAGCUUAAAGAGGGUAAACUCUGGUGAUCUAUGGGUAUUUAUGGAUGGCAGAGAUGUGAUAGAUAUGGUGACUAUAACGAUGGAAAAUCUGAGGAGGCUGUUCAUGUAUAUAGAGAAAUUGCCCCUUGUUGUUCCAGAUACCCUUUUUGAUACUUAUGAUACCCAUCUGAGGUAACUAACUACUAUCGUCUGGGGGAUGGUCUUCGGGUGGCUAUUAGUUAACGCUCUGGAUUUCAUGUGGAAGCAAGAAAUAAUCUGUGGAGACCUAGAUUUAGAAACUCAAAUGAUGUUAUUUGGCUUAUGAUGAGAAACCGCCUGGCUUUAUUAUGUGGCAGGGUUUGAAGCUAUUUUAUGGGAAAUGGAACGAGGUUAAAUGUGUAUGUAGAAAAUGUGUACAUGCUUGUAUAGUUUCUGUGUGGAUUGAUGCUACCUUAGACAGUUGAGUUUAUAUUUGACAAUUAAUCGAAACAAAACUUGGUGUUUCAUA